UGACACAUCUCCGUGAAUAGACCAUCUCUGCCGCUCCGCUCGCCGCACCUUCAGUUCCGCCCAGAAGGGAAAUGACGCAGGCGCAGAAGAUGGAGUCCGUAAAUCCUGUGGGCUGCCGUGGUUCUGGAGCCGUCUAAUUCCGCGCCGCGUCGGGGGUCCCUCCGUCCGUCAGAUGGCUCACCGCCGGGGUCCGGCAGCUCGGCGCUGCCCUCCUCUCUCCUGAUCCCGGAGCCCAGCCCCCAACUUCAUGUCCGACGGAGCCAGAGCUGCCUGGUCCAAGAGGGGUUGCGGGGAUUCGCACCGCCGAGAACCGGGGAAGCACAAGCAGAGGAAAUGCGAGCGUUCCCUUAGCGCUCAGCCAGCACCGCCUGUGAUCGUUCGCCCGGGCUCCAAAAGGUGUGUUAUGUCGGGGGGAGAUGUGGAGGUGUACCUGUCCCAGGUGCACGACGGGAGCGUGUCCUCGGGUUUCCGGGCGCUCUACGAGGAGCGUCUGCUGCUGGACGUCACGCUGCUCAUAGAGGAGCACCACUUCCAGGCCCACAAGGCGCUGCUGGCCACCCAGAGCGACUACUUCCGGGUGAUGUUCACGGCCGACAUGAGGGAGCGGGACCAGGACAAGAUCCACAUGAAGGGGCUGACGGCCGCCGGCUUCGGCCACAUCCUCCGCUUCAUGUACUACGGCUCCCUGGAGCUCAGCAUGCCCACCGUGCAGGAGAUCCUCCAGGCGGCCAUGUACGUCCAGCUGACGGAGGCGGUGGAGUUCUGCUGCUCCUUCCUGCUGGCUAAGAUCUGUCUGGAGAACUGCGCCGAGGUCAUGCGCCUCCUGGAGGACUUCAGCGUGGGCGUGGAGGGCGUCCAGGAGCAGCUCGACAACUUCCUGCUCGACAACUUCGUCCCGCUGAUGAGCCGGCCCGACUUCCUGUCCUACCUCAGCCUGGAGAGACUCCAGGCCUACCUGAACAGCGACGCUCUGAGCCGCUACCCAGAGAUCGAGCUCUACGAAGCCGUCCAGGGGUGGCUGAGGCACGACCGGCGGCGCUGGAGGCACACGGACACCAUCGUGCAGUCCAUCCGCUUCUGCCUCAUGACGCCCGCGGACAUCUUUGAGAAGGUGAAGACGUCGGAGUUUUACCGUUACUCCAGACAGCUGAGGCAGGAGGUGGACCAGGCGCUCAGCUACUUCCACGAUGUCAACCAGCAGCCGCUGAUGGAGACGCGAGCCAACCGCAUCCGCUCGGUCCGCCCGCAGACGGCCGUCUUCAGGGGGAUGAUCGGCCACAGCAUGGUGAACAGCAAGAUCCUGCUGCUGCAGCGGCCCAAGGUGUGGUGGGAGCUGGAGGGUCCUCAGGUGCCGCUCAGACCCGACUGCUUGGCCAUCGUCAACAACUUUGCCUUCCUGCUGGGCGGAGAGGAGCUGGGGCCCGACGGGGAGUUUCACGCCUCCUCCAAAGUCUACCGCUACGACCCGCGGCAGAACUCGUGGCUACGCAUGGCGGACAUGUCUGUUCCCAGGUCGGAGUUCGCCGUCGGCGUCAUCGGUAAGUUCAUCUACGCGGUGGCGGGGCGCACCCGAGACGAGACGUUCUACUCCACGGAGCGCUACGACAUCACCGAGGACCGCUGGGAGUUCGUGGACCCGUACCCGGUGAACAAGUACGGCCAUGAGGGGACGGUGCUGAACGGCAAGCUGUACAUCACGGGCGGCAUCACGUCCUCCUCCACCUCCAAGCAGGUGUGCGUGUUCGACCCGGGCCGGGAGGCGGGCGGCGGCGGCGGAGGAGGGGGAGGAGGAGGAGGAGGAGGGUCGGGCGGCUCGGACUCGCACAGGACCCGCGCCGCCCGCGGGCCGCUGCUGCCCGGCACCCACGCCAGCUGCUGGGAGAACAAAUCCAAAAUGAACUACGCGCGCUGCUUCCACAAGAUGAUCUCCCACAACGGGAAGCUGUACGUGUUCGGAGGCGUGUGCGUGAUCCUGCGGGCGUCCUUCGAGUCGCAGGGCUGCCCGUCCACCGAGGUGUACGACCCGGACACGGACGAGUGGACCAUCCUGGCCUCCAUGCCCAUCGGGCGCAGCGGCCACGGGGUGGCGGUGCUGGACAGGCAGAUCAUGGUGCUGGGCGGCCUGUGCUACAACGGCCACUACAGUGACUCCAUCCUCACCUUCGACCCCGACGAGAACAAGUGGAAGGAGGACGAGUAUCCCAGGAUGCCUUGCAAACUGGACGGCCUGCAGGUGUGCAGUCUGCACUUCCCAGAAUACGUGCUGGAGCACGUCAGACGCUGCAGCUGAGGUCUGCUUCUCGCCACGUUUUGUACAACCGGACGGUUCGAGGACUGGGGUGUCCCGCCGUGGGGGGGCGGGGGGGAACCAGGUGUUUCCAGGUGGGCGACCCCCGAUCUUUUAAUCCAGAGACCAGCGCUUACCGUCAGGUGAGGGGAAACAGGUGGCUGGGAGGAUUGCAGCCGACGUUUCAGCUCGAACACUUUCAGAAUUACCUUUUUUCUCAGAAGAUUAAAGAAAAAAAUGAUGUCAGGGCGAGUAGUAGGAAAAAAAAAAAAGGUUUAUGUUUGGACCGUGUCUGAACUCACCUGUUAUAUUCCGGCAGAAACGCACUGGAAGAGUCCCCCAAUGACAGAAAAAAGUGCUUAACGAACCCGACUCUGAACACGAGACCCGCACAUGUAGGUUAGCAGAAACAUUACCGCCGUUUUAAAAACCCUACAAAAUAUAUAUAACUCGCUAAAUUAAUCAGAUACACGACAAAAUAACACUAUAUUCUGUAGUGUAGGUGAUUGUAUGACCUGUCUCCAAUCAUAAACUACGCCACAGGUCCUGCUGAAGCCUCAGGCGCCACCAGCUUUAAACUCACUUUAUCAAGUCGCACGGUUCUGUUCUGGCUUCCAGUGCGUUCCGGGUUUUUCUCCCAGCUCUGGCCCCUGAUGCCAGAUCCCCACCGUACCGUUCUCAUGCUCAUAUAACACUGAAUUACCGUGUCUUUCUGCGCUCCCCCUGCGGCCUUCUGGGAAAUGGCCGGCAAGUUAAAAAACGCGCGUCCACGAGGGAGCCGGCGCUCUUCAUUUCACCGACACUCCCGUUUAUGAGGACAGGUGUUACGCAGGUAAGGAGCUGCGCUGCUGUACGUUUGGUUUUGUUUACAUUCCCUGCACUUUAUCGGUUCUUAAUGUGAGUGUAAAUAGUGUAACCUGCACUGUAUCGCUGGGGGAGUCUCACUGCGUCUGAGAUGAUCUCUGACCAGUGGAGAUGAAGGAAAACGGACCCAGAUGAGCGUUUUCUUUUUGGGGCAUUUCAAUAAACCUGGACCUCAUUCAAGAACAUUUUCUGUCAGGUGGAGAAUAAAUGGUCAAAUUCUGCUGAGUAUUGACAGAAAAUGAACAUAUGUGGAGAAACCAGCAAUGAGUAGAAAAGAUUAUUCUGCACCAGAACAUUUUGAAGCUCUUCUGUUUUUCUCAUCCAUAAGAGAAACCUAAAGAUUAUUUAUUAUUGUCACGCGUUUAUUAUAAUGUUAGACACAUUGCAAUAUAAUUUUGCUGCUAGAUACGUUUUUAUAGCGUAGUGUUACAGAAACUGACCAGCUGACUGUCUGCUAAAAACAUCAGCUGAUCUCAGUUGGUCAAAUUAGUUUCCAUUUGCUUUAAUAAAGUACUCUGAAUUAAAUAUGGGGGUAAAAUACCAGCUGCUUACAUUCUUUUGACUACUAUUUAAAUUAUGGUAAACAUGUAAGUUAGAUAGCGGCACAAAAUCAGUUGGUAAACUUAGCGUUUGUUUACUCUGCUGCUAACUUACAGUUAGCUUUCACUUGAUCUGGCAUAAAUGUCACUAUUUUCACCCAAUUUGUCAUGUAAGUAUAUAAAAUGACAAAAAAUCAGCUAAUUUUAACCUUCCAGUUAUGAUAGAGGCACAAAAAUGCUAAAAAAAAAUGCUAGAUUUCACUUGAUCUGGCAUGAAUUGCAAAAUCUUUACCGAAUUUGUCAUGAAAUUAUAUAAAAUAAAUGACAAAAAAAAAACACUUUUCAGCUCAUUUUAACCUUCCAGUUAUGAUGGAGGCACAAAGAUGCUAAAGUUAGCUUUAACUUUUGGUUGCUGCAGCUAUCUUAGCAGCUAGCUUUAAAAUAGCCUACAGCCAUAUCUAGUAUAGCUGUUUUUUGGCAGAGGUUAUGUGUGCUCAUUAACUCCAACUUAAAAAGAUUUACAGUAAAUGAAAAAAAUGAAAUGCAGGCGAACCACAAUAUUGCAUUAAGAACAAAAAGAUGCUAAGUAGAUAAUUGGAAACUUCUACGUGUGAUGAGCAUUUUUAAAAUGUAUUUUCAACUAUAAACUGCUUUUCUUUGUAAUUUUAUUAAUGAACAAACCAAUUUGAUUUUGCCCUAAUGAAGGUAUAAGUUAUGGAUAAUGGCAUAAAAUCAGUAGGUAAACCUAGCAUUGCUUUAUGCUAACUGCUACAGCUAAUUUAGCAGUUAGCUUUCAGAUCAUUGAGACUUUCACGAGUUUUAAUUCCAAAUCUUAACUAAAUGUUGAUUUUUCUCAACUUUAUAUUUAGCAUUAAGUAGUAUAAUUAAAACUAUAUUCUUAUUUACAGGAACCAAAUUACAGUUUUGAUAAAUUCACUAACUAAAAUUAACUUUAGCUUUGGCUAGCCAAAUCUAGUUAGCGUUACAUUAGCUUCCUCGUUUAUUUAAAAGAAAACAUUUUAGCAGGUGGAUAGUUUGUCCUCUUUUUUUCUAUUUCACAAAUUGUAUUUAUUCUGUUAGCACUUUGGAUAAAGCUGCUGACUCAUUUUGGUUAAAUAUGUUGUUUUUUGUUUGUUUUUUUGGUGCCAAAAAAGACCAGUGAAUCCCAUCAAAACAUCGGUUUGUGAAGAAACUAAUUAGUUUGACUGGAGUUUGGUGGAAGGAUGACGCUGAAGGAUCUGUAACGUCAUCUUUUUCCACAAAAGGUCUUGGAAGUAAGAUAUCGCUUCUUCCUAUUGGAGCUUGUUUCUACAAGGUGUUCUUGUCUGAGGUCCAUUAUUGGUAAUUUACCUCUGCUAAAUAAUUACCAGCCUUUGAACAGAUUCUGUUGGUUUCUACUGACUGAGAGCUGUUUUUGUUUCAGACCCAAGUAAGUCCUCCGCAGGACAGUUGUGCUGGAAGAUUUAAACCCGCCGUUGUCUUAGAGUAACGCUUGCACCGUCCAGCAGCCCGACACCUUGACCCAACCGGCCACGUAGCUGUGUGUGACGACCAGCUUUGUUUUUGAUUUUUACUUUUGAGGCUAACUGUGAAAAGGGCUAGAGCAAAUAAUGACGCCGUCACGUCCGUCUGCUGCGCAUUUAUUUAUUUUAUGAGGUAGUGCUUUUCACUGAGCUAUGCAGUAACAGUAUUAGGAAUGUGAUGAGAAUUUCAUUUACAGCCCGGUUCUUUUUAAGUAUUUUUUUUUAUUUUAAUUUGUCUUCCGUCUUUUUUCCGUUUGUCGUCUCCAUCCCUGCAGCAGCAGUGACUUACAAGUGGAUGCUCCAUUUUUGUUGCUGUCUCGAGGUCAGUAAAGGCAGCAAAAAGGGAAAAGCAUACAUGCAGACAACACUUCAAGCAUGUUCGUCCAAAUUAUUCUUUUAUUUCCUAAAAUUCUGUCUUGAUGUGAAUUAUACAUAUACCAGGAAUUUGGAAGCCAACACUCUCCGGUUCUGAACAUUUCAAACUGUUACUUUGCUGCAUUUUUAUGUCUGUGGAAACGUUUGGUCCCUUCACGUCUCCUCAGCGUCACAUUUCUGCAGCCGAUUCGAUGAACGCGUCGCCGCUCCUCUCCAACGUUACCGUUUGAAGAAGACUUGUAACCAACAGAGAACAGCUGUCCCUAUCUGAGGUACAUAGAGCAGCAUCCUUUAGUCCACCAGUCUGUGGGUAGGAAAACAGAAUAGAGGACACUUACCUUGCUUAUUGGACUGUGUAGGGGGGGGAGAAAGAAAAAUCUGAAUAACAUAUCUUACUCUGAGUAGAAACUCUUUGGAAACGAUUUGUAACUCCUUUCCAGAAAUAAAUGUUCAUACUGGUCAACCUUCA